AUGGUUCUUGAACGGGUGAAGCAAUUGGCCCAACAGGUGUCCAACACCGUCUCCCCUCCUCACCCACUCGAUCCUCUAUCCGCCCUAGAGAUUGAAUCAGCUGUCUCUCUUCUUCGAGCUCAGCAUGGCAAGCUAUAUUAUAAUGCCGUCACUCUUUUGGAGCCCCCAAAGGAGCAAAUGGUGAAGUGGCUGGCAGAUCCCGAGCACACUCAGACGCCUCAUCGUAUUGCUGAUAUCGUGGUCAUUUCCACCGACGGUAAGGUCUUCGAUGGUCACGUCGACUUGAACGAGCAGAAAGUCAUCUCCUGGGCUGCCACUCCCAAUGUCCAGCCCUUGAUCACCAUGGAGGAUCUCCAGAUCGUGGAGCAUAUUGUUCGCACAGAUCCCGGAGUCAUCGAGCAAUGCGCUCUGAUUGGUAUUCCUCGUGAGGACAUGCACAAGGUCUACUGCGAUCCUUGGACCAUUGGGUACGAUGAGAGAUUUGGCACCUCAGUCCGAUUACAGCAAGCAUUGAUGUAUUACCGCCCGCAUGUCGAUGAUUCUCAAUACUCCUAUGCUUUAGAUUUCUGCCCUAUCUACGACUCGAAUCUUCAGAAAAUCAUUCACAUCGAUGUGCCUAAAGUCCGCCGCCCAGUCAACCAGGCACCUCCCAACAACUACGACGUCAAAUCAAUCGAAGCCCAGGGCGGCUUCAGAACGGAUCUGAAGCCCAUCAACAUCACUCAACCUGAAGGCGUCAGCUUUUCACUGAAAGGCCGUACAAUCGAGUGGCAGAAUUGGUCAAUCCACAUCGGCUUCAACUACAGAGAAGGAAUUGUCCUAAACAACAUCAGCUACUUUGACAAAAACGAGAACAAACUCCGCCCGAUCUUCUACAGACUCUCUCUCGCGGAAAUGGUAGUCCCAUACGGCAACCCCGAGCAUCCUCAUCAAAGAAAGCACGCCUUCGAUCUUGGCGAGUACGGCGGUGGCUACAUGACUAACUCACUCAGUCUGGGAUGCGACUGCAAAGGAAGUAUCCAUUACAUGGACUUCGAUUUCGUCAACAGAGCCGGUGCAGCCAGCACGAUUAAGAACGCCGUGUGCAUCCACGAGGAGGACAACGGCAUCCUGUUCAAGCACACCGACUUCCGUGACGAUUCAGUCAUCGUGACCCGCGCCCGCAAGCUCAUCAUUUCCCACAUCUUCACCGCCGCUAAUUACGAAUACUGCGUCUACUGGAUCUUCCACCAGGAUGGGACCAUCCAGCUCGAGAUCAAAUUGACCGGCAUCCUAAACACUUAUCCGAUGAACCCCGGCGAGGACACCAAGGGCUGGGGCACCGAGGUCUAUCCCGGCGUCAACGCACACAACCACCAGCACCUGUUUUGUCUGCGCAUCGACCCAAGCGUCGACGGCCAGAAAAACACCGUCUUCCAGGUCGACGCGGAGCGAGGACCCGGUGAGGUCGGCUCAGAGGAGAACUUCUAUGGUAAUGCCUUCUACGCGAAGAAGACAAAGUAUACGACAGCAACCCAGGCCAAGGCCAACUACGAGGGAAGCACCUCUCGGACAUGGGAUAUCUCCAACGAGAACAAGAUCCACCCGUACAGUAAGAAACCUUCGACAUACAAGCUCGUGAGCCGCGAGGUUCCAGACCUUCUACCCAAGGAAGGCUCUCUGGUGUGGAAGCGUGCCGGAUUCGCCAGACACGCCGUGCACGUCACCAAAUACGACGACUCCCAAAUCCACCCGGCAGGUCGUCACGUCCCGCAAACCUCGGGCGAGCCCUCGGCAGGCCUCCCAGCGUGGAUCGCGGCGAACCCAUCGGCGAACAUCGCGAACGAGGACAUCGUGCUCUGGCACACGUUCGGAUUGACGCAUUUCCCGGCCCCCGAGGACUUCCCCGUCAUGCCCGCCGAGCCCAUGACGGUGCUGCUGCGGCCGCGCAACUUCUUCCUGCGCAAUCCCGCCCUCGACGUCCCGCCCAGCUACGCCCGCACCCCAAGCCAGGUCGCCGCCGGCAAGAGUGGCUGUAAUUCUUGUGUCGAUAAGACGAGUGUGCAGGUCUGA